AUAACAAACAACAGCAGGCAAACGAAAAUUGAAAGCUUGAACAUUGGUAGCAAUGGUUUGUCAGCCAUAGUUUCUACGUUACUUAGUAUCGUAUAAUAUUCGAUGAUUCAAUAUAUUAAUAAGAUAAAUCAUCUUGAGUUGUAGCAGUACUACGAAUUGGAAACAUGCUUCUGUUUGCGAUUCUUUAAGACACCGUCCUUGAAUUUUAAAAGUGAUGAAGGGAAAAAAGAUAUUAAAAACUAACGGAGGUCGGGAAGUUUACUUUGUGUGUGUUAAUUUUUAUAAAACUAUGUACACGGAGAUAGUGAUCGUGAGUUGCCAAAAACGAGAAUUUUUUUUAUGAAUACUUGAUCUAUAAAAUCUAUAAAAAUAGAAAAUGGACUUGACAUUGCAGAUAAAGUUCACUCGGAAAUAAAUGUGUGGCAUUAAAACAGUUCAACCACUCUGAUAGACCCUCCUGAUCACUGAAAAUUUCAAAGUGAAACGACAUGAAUCAAAAAUGGAUUCAUCUAAGGAUAUGCAGUGCAAUGUUAAUGAUAAUCAAAUGCUGAAAACUGGAGAAAUGGAUUGCGAAUUGGAAUCUGAAAAGGGUGACCUUAGCCCUGAGAAUUCGAAAAAAAGUGAUUGUUCGCCCAUAGAUGGUCAUCCUUCCAAUCACGAUCAUGAAUGUAUGGGUAAAUCAACACAAAAUAUUAACUGUUGUUUCAGCAGCGGAAUCGAAGACAGUGAGACUGUGAAUAAAAGUGUGUCAAUGCAAGAAAUAAAAAGAAAUGUUCGUAGUUCUAGUGAAGACUUGGAAGUACGAAAUGCACUAGCUUUCACAAUAGACUUUGGUGAUGGUAGUAAAUCAAUAGAUUCUCAGAGGCACGAGAAAAUGCUUGAACGUUUUCAAAAUCGUCAUAGGCGCGGUGUAUCACUGUCAAAAUUAGAAGCAGAAUCAACUACAUCCUCGGCCAAACCGAGACUACCACAGAGUGUCAACUUACCACGAAGGAAUAAGAUUAAAAAUGUUGAAAACCCAUGUGUUGAAGUUAAAAUACGCAAUAAAAAUAAGUGUAUGAGGGAUACUGCAAACAAACGGCACAGCUGGAGUCCUCAAACUAGUAUGACUGAAAGAACAAUUAAAGAGUCUGAUAAACAAAUGAAAGGUUUCUCACCAAAAUCUACUGCAUUACAGCUAGCAUUUGAUCAACAAGCUAUGACGAAAGAUUCAUGUUCUAGUUCUGAAUUCAAUGCUGAGAGCCUGGAAUCUUCAACUGGUUUGCCGUGUAUUGAGCCUCCAUUAGAAAAUUUUAGGCACGAAGAGGACGAUGAAAGCGUAAGUGAGGCUGGGACUUAUACAUUGGAUGGUGAUAACUAUACUGAGGAGCAAAAAGAACGCAUGAAUAUAGAUCGAAUGCCAACGAUUAUUCAAGACGAACACUCGACGCUGUUAUUCUCAGCUGGACCUAGCUUCAGUAACACUCUCAAGCGGCCAACAAGUUUCCAAGAUGAAUUGGAAGUUUUAGAUUUAGAUUGGCCAAACACGGAAAACAUACCUAGUGAACGUCGGAACAACAACAUUUUAGAAGUAGCCUUUUACCACGAACCGCCUGUGCAGCCAACUAAAACCAAACAAUCUUACUUGGAUAGAUUCAAAACUCGAAUGAAAAAUAUGACACACAAGUCAAAGUCACCUGAUAAACAUGGAGCAGUACAUCCCGACAAUUCAUUGGAUCAGGGAACUUUUACUUCUGUGACAACAAGUGGUAUAUUAAGUAUAAAGUCUACCUUGGAUAACCAUCCUCAUAUACACCGACGAAAUAGUCUUACGAAAUCACACAUAGAUAAUUCUGAAUACGUACAAGGCGUAGCCAAGCUGAAUAUUCCUAAGAAUGAUGAAGAUAAAAUUCUUAACUGUUACACAGACUCCGAGAAAGCGAAUGUCCUGUCACAUUACGAUAAUCCGCGACGUAAAAUUGCGUCUGAAGCUACAGCUAUUAGUUCAGUUGUUAGUAAAAAAGACUGGAUACAAGAAUGGGCAAAAAACGCACGCGAAUAUUCGAGGAAUCCAACAUUAAAUGUUAGUAACAAUCCAAAUGAUAGCAUGCACAUGACGAGAAGUUUUGAAUUAGAUAAUAAAAAUCAAUUUGGUUACGAUUUUGAUAUCGAUAUGACCAAAAGUGAUUAUUAUGGUGCAAAAAAAUAUGAUGAAUUUGGAGAUAAUCUGGACAAACAACAUUUGCACCGCAAACAAUUGGAUAGAUUGCAACACAACACUAGUAGUAGCGAUCCGUCUCUAAAACUAGGCACUGAAGACGAUACAAGUAAAUCACAUUUCAAUGAGUUUAGCCGUCGUGGAAGUAUCAGACAAUACUCGAAUCCAAAUGCCGCAAAACCUCCAUUGAGCCCCAGUAAAAUUCCGUCACCUAUUGGAUCAAGUGACAGAGCUCGAAGUGUCAGCAGAAAUCGAAGCCUUCAAGGUAGCAACUCGGAUUUAUCUAUGAACGAUACUGAAAUGUAUCUCCAGAAGACUGCUGCGGCUAUUUCAACACUACAGAACCUUCAUAGGCGAAAUUCACUUCGCAGUACAUCGUUGCAUAAUUCUUCGCAAUCAAGCCCACUCAGUCCGGCAUCAUGUCGAGCGUCUCCAAAAAUUUCACCACUGAACUCACUCCAGUCUCCUAUUCAUACCAUUUACCCGGACAAAGUCAUGCAUACGGACGGACCAAUAUAUUCACCUAAACAUCAACAAUUACGUAAUUUAAGACAGCAACACAACAUUUUGAAUCACAAGCGGAAUCUCUCACUUGAUGGAUCCGAAGCCUAUGUCAACACUCUGUCGUCACAAGGGUCUGGACAUCAGUUGGCCAGUAGCAUCUACUCUGAUAAUAAGAAUGCAAUAUUAGAUUUUAAGAAACCUCACGAGAGACAUAAUUCGUUUGAAGGUAUAACAACUUUGCCGCCUAAACCGAUCAAAUGUUUCCAAAACUUUGAUCAAACUGUUCGAUAUACUGCAAAAGUUAGUGAUGCACAUGUCAGCGGUAAUGAAUUGAUGUAUGAUGGUGACGAAGAAUGUUUAGGAACACUUUCAAAAGGCUUUCAAUCAAUAUCAUUAGACACAAAAAACGAACACACAUCGAAUAAACAAUCAUCGUUACAUGAGAAACCUUUUUUGCGAGUUAAGGCUUCUAGUCGACCAGCGAACUCUCAAUCAGCACCAGCUCAAAUCUUAUCACCUAUAAAAAGAUCAAGUUCUUUUUCUGUUAAGACUGUUCAAGUAGUAACUCCAACUUUAACUCCAAAGCUUGAAUCCAGAGGUAUUAUUGGACGAAAUAAAAUACAAAAAUCAGCUAGCAGCACCAGUUUUAAGAAGAUGGUUCAAAGUUACAAUAAUGAAGAUGAUAAUUUUUACAUCAACGACGAUGAUGAUCUAGAGUUUGGUCCGGAGUAUUCAUCAAAUUCCGAAAUUAGUGACAAGGAAGAUUUUCCUGUAGAACGGGAGAAAGAACUAAUAACUAACACUAGAUGCAAUAAAACAUUUAUGAUGCGGAUGGAGCAAAAUAAGAAGGUUGUUACUGGAGUCAAGCAAGGUGUAGCAGCGUGUCCCAACACUCCAGAAUUUCCUCGACGAACACUUCAAGUCCGCUGUAAUACUAGAGACCGUUCAUCGAUGCCCAGGGAUUCAAGUUUAAAUCGAAUGAAACAAGACUUCAUGUCUAACAAAGCUACCAGUAGAGAAUUUGCAUCGAAAGAGUUUUCUGCAGCAACGGUUGGCGGCGGAACUAAGCAAAAAGUGCUACCGAAGUACAUGGAUAUUUCUAAAUACAAAACAAAUGGUGCUGGUAAUUUUUUGAAAAAGGACGAAUCGAAAAGUUAUUUGACAAAAACGGAAGUGAAAAAGAGUCCGAGCAGUGCAUCAGUUGGUAUUAGCAGAAGUGAACCGACUAGGGUAAGCACUAGAAGCGUAAAAUCUGCCACUGCAAAACCAAUAAGCGUAAAAAAAACACCUCAACAAAACGCAAAAGAGCAAGAGCUUGAAAUGUGGCGACGACGAGCAAGCUAUGAUCCAAUGAAGGCUGCUAUGGAAGGAAAACGGAGGCAAGAAGAAGCACGAAAACAAACUCAACAGAAUAUUGACCGAUUAAGUAAAUUCAAUGAAAGCUCCGUACUGAGAUCACGAUCUUACCAUAGUGGCGUAGGACAUGAUGCUGGUCAGUUACAUCACGUUACAAGCAACAGUGGCCAUAAUAGUUUGACAGGUGCUAAUAAGACAGGAAACCAGGCAUGUGAUCGGUGGACAUUCACAUCGACCGAGUCCAGUGAUGAUUUCGAAGAUGAGUAAUAUAUAACAUAUACAACAUUGUUAACAGUUCUUUUUAGUUUCCUGCUUCUAUUAUUAGUGCAUUAUAUGUUAUUUAAAUCCUACUGUCACAAAACAGCUGUUUACUAUGUGUUAACGAUUUCUUAGCCUGUCGAGAUAAAAUACAAUAUUUUCGAAUACAUAUGAACUAUACAAUGGACAUUCAAGGUGAUAUGUUAUUUUUAAAUUAUAACAAUUAAAUAGAUCAGUUUUAUUUAAGCAACUUAUUGCAAUCAAGGCUCCUAAAGAAGGAUUUUUCAAUAGAUGGUUAGACAUAUUUUACUGUAAAAUUUAUAUAAUAAAAUCGGAGUAAAUGAGAACAGAAAAAGCGAAACAAUUAUUAGUAAUUUUAUCAUUUCUCUACGCUAAUAUAAAGCUGGCCACUUUCCACAUUGAAACAGCGGAUGUUCCACGUACUCAGUUAUUCUACAGCUCAAAAAAUCUUAAAAAGAUUAGAUGAAGGUUAUGUUAAUAUUUGAGAAUGUGAGAUUUUUUCUCAAUUUGGUUGUUAUCCCAAAGCAUUCAUUUCAAGUUGACUUCAAUAUUCAUACAAAAAUCAAAAAUGCUAUAAAUAUUACAAAUCUAAUUAAAAACCAAUCAAUGUUCUAGAUUAUGUAUACAAUACUUUAGUUGUUUGUUCGGUAGCAUCGAAGCUAAUAAUAAUGUUUUCAAAUAA